AUGUCGCGCCCCACACCCGAAGUCACCCUCUUCCACUAUCCCUUCUCGCCAUGGUCCCAAAAGAUCACCCUGUACCUUGCUCUCCGUCAGAUCCCCUACAUAUCAUGCGAACAGCCUGUCACCCUACCACGCCCAGACCUGAAGAAGCGUCUGGGCGUAAACUACCGCCGCAUUCCAGUCAUGAGCAUCGGACGCGAUAUCUACUGCGACACAUUGAUCAUGCUAGAGAAACUGGAGGAGCUCUUCCCGUACAAGGACGGCGAAGUUCCGAGGAAAGGCAAAGACGGGAACAGCAGGGCACUGGAGAAGUUAUUGGAGAAGUGGACUGAUGUGGUUGUCUUCAAAUACGCAGCAGACGCGAUCCCGACCUCCCUCGAAGCAAUCCGCGACAAGAACUUCAUCGACGACCGCACCGAGCUCUGGGGUCGCGACUGGGCCGUCAGCAACCAAGACGCCCUCCGGCCCGCCGCCCUCGUCAGUCUCCGCGCUAACGUUGACUUCCUUGAGCACGAACUCCUUGAGGACGGCCGCGAUUGGAUCCUCGGCGGCAAAGAGAUGACUCUUGCCGAUAUCCACGCUGCGUGGAUCUUCGUCUGGCUGAGUGAGAUGCCUGGCGCGUUGCCAGAGGAUGUGUUUGGGAAGGGUGUGUACCCGAAAGUUCACGCUUGGUAUCAGAGGUAUAGCAAGGAUCGGGAGGCGGCGUUGAAAAAUAUGGAGAGUUCGGGGUUGAGGAAGGAGGAGGAUGCUAAAGUCGCGAUUCCUAGGAUCCUCAAAGGUCCGUUCGGUGACAAGGAGCCCAAAGUGGAUGAGCUGGAUCCGACGGGAUUGAAGCGUGGGGAGCAGGUCAGGGCGUAUCCGACGGAUACGGGGUUUAAUCAUAAGGAUGUGGGGAGAUUGGUUGGGUUGACGACGCAGGAGGCAGUGAUUAGUAGUGAGGGCGAGGGUGGCGUGGAAGUUAGGAUCCAUCAUCCUAGGUGGCAGUUUAGGGUUGAGCCGGUCAGGGGAGGGGAUGUUAAUGGAGCGCAUGGGGAGGGGUUGAGUAGGGAGGAGACGCAUUUGAUCAGUGAGGGAAGCUAUGUUGGGAGUCGGGAGUAG